AGGAGCGAUUAUUAUUAUCACUUUUGCCCCGAUUUGUUGCGAUGGAAAUCAUAUCAGACAUCGCCAAAGAGGAGGACCACCGCUCCAUACUGUCCACACAAUUCCAUAAGAUUUAUAUUCAUUGUUACAAAGAUGUCAGUAUACUAUUCGCUGACAUCCAAGGAUUCACUGCAUUGGCGUCCCGUUGUUCGGCACAAGAGUUGGUCCAAGUGUUGAACGAUUUGUUCGCCCGAUUCGACAAACUGGCCCAGGAUAAUAGCUGUCAUCGGAUCAAACUAUUGGGUGACUGUUAUUACUGUGUGUGCGGUCUGCCAGAGGCGAGGGCUGAUCACGCGGCCUGUUGUGUCGAAAUGGGACUCCAUAUGAUUCAGGCCAUCAAGAGAGUUCGCCAGAAAACAGGAGUCGAUCUCAAUAUGAGAAAGGUUUAA